ACCACUCACCAUCAUCCGGCCGCCGUGCUUAAGAGCCUCACGCUCUGAGAAAAUUAGGGUUACGUUUAUAUGCUCUUUGAUAAUGUGUUUUGUGGGAUCGGAAAGAGGAGGAAGGCGAUGAUGAGGGUAUAUAUGUAAAUCUCGUUAAUCUGAUUCGUAUAUGAGGAUUAUACUUCCCAUCCAUUCAUUUUUCUCACUGAGCUCCUCCUCUCCGAUCCGCCAUUUUCUGUGUUCAUUUUUCUCUGAUUUUAUUUGUGUAAUAUGAAUGCUUAUUUUUUGCGACGAGUUUUAUAUUUUGCAAUUAAGAGGUAUUGAAGUCCAAUUGAUUUCACUGAAAAUUUCGAAUUGAAAGUGUUUUUUGAGGGUCCGUUUGGUAUACGGAAUCGGUGGAAUUGGAAUUGAAUUGGAAUUGGGAUUUCAUGAGAUUCGAUUCCGUAGAAUUGAAUUCAUCAAUUUCAAUUCAUUUUUUGCAUUAUCAAUUCCAAAUCCACAUAAUAUUUGUGCUACCAAACACCAGAAUUGGAAUUGAAGUCCUCACUUCCAAUUCCGUAAUUUGAAUUCCUUGUACCAAACGGGGCCUGAAUUCAUUUCAGUUUUUGUUGGUAUUUGUCUAUUUGGUAGAGAAGAUUUGAAUUUCACUGCUAUAGAUAUAUUUCAAAUUGGUUGUGUUAAAAGUUGUUUUUAGAUAGUUUUUUAAAUAUCGUGAAAUUUAAUUUUUUUUAGCAGGGCUAUCAUUUUUUCUUACACAAUGAAGAAUAUGAUAGUUAUUGGUAUAAGCGUUUACUGCUUGGAAGGUAGGGGUGAAGAUAUCUUGUGAAUCAUAUCGACCACCAGUGGGAAAAACAUGAGGUUAACUAAGACUUAUAAUUUGAAUAAUGGUUUUUAUUAGGAAUCAGCAUAUAAAUUGAGAGUUAAAAAUUAUUGAAAUGUUUAAGAUUGCAUGUUUGUUUACUCUUUUUAUACCAGUCUUAUUUUGAAAUGUACUAUAUUUUAUUUUACGGAGUUAUAUUUUUGUACUAACUAUUUUUUAUAUAGAUACUUGGUUUGCUUCACAGUUCAAAAAAAGUGAUUUUUUGGUUAGGUAAUAAAGAAAAGAGGGGAAGAACUAAAAAUCAUACUUGCAAUUAGCAGAUCAGAAUGAAAGUUUGUUUUAGCUCCUAAGUUUUGCCUUGAUAUACGGCUUCUCUUGGAAACGUAUGAAACUUAGGAGCCAAAAUAGGCUUCCAUUCAUUCUAUUCUGGUUUCCAGCAUGGUUUUUUUCCCUUUUUUUUAUCUAAUUGAGAACUCCAGUUUUUUUUGAAUACUGCCACAAGCUGAUUCUUUGUUAUAGUAUAUACUCCGGGUAGUUGGUACAAACAUUAUUACUCCAUUGAAUAUAGCAAAUUUAUCAAAUUAGAUUCAUAUACUAAGAGCCAAUGAAAAUGCAAUUUUUUUAUAUUUUAAUUGUUUUUAAUUUUUGAUUCAUUCUAAUUCUGCAUAACUAUGUAUUUAAUGGUAGAUCUUGUUUAAUCCCAUGUUUUGCCACUGGUGGUCGAUAUGUCUCUCAAAUUGCACCCUGGGCGGCUUUGAAGUCCUUGCGAACUCAUGAAAGGCCUAAAAGUACAUGAACGUGUAUUCAAUUCAGAUUCUAAAAGAUUUUAAUAGAUUGUUUAGAAUACAUAGAUAAUGUAAAGUCCAUAGAUUAUUUUAAUUCUACAUAGAUUUAUUAUUCCGAAUUAGUACGGGAGUAAUUUUUAUUUGGCAUUAAUAUACUCUUAUUUAUAAAUUGAAUGAUCUUAAAAGACAAAACAUUCCUAAUCCAAUUAGGAAUAGAAAGUUAGCAUAGGGAUUAGGGAGUGUAUAAAAGGACAGGAACGAGCCUCCAAAGUCCAAAUCGAUUGGGCGUGAUAAGAGCCAGCCAUGGAAGAAGACAGGGUCUUGCGAUUGAGAGAAGCCAUGGCGGAGAGCGGUUCGAGAUCCGAUCACCCGAUUCUCUGCGAAUUCUGCUUCGGGGAAGACAAUCCCCGCAUCACCGAGGCGCCUUACGAUUACUCUUGCAAAACGUGCGAGCGACCCUUCAGGCGGUUCCGGUGGAGGCCGUGUCGGGACGGGAGGUACAAGAAGACGGAGAUCUGCAAGCCGUGCUGCGUGUCGGGAUUGGUCUGCCAAGGUUGCGGUGUGGAGCUGUCGAGUUUGGCGCCGGAUCAGGUCCGAGAAACCACACUUCAUGUGGCCACGAAUCAUGACGUUGGGAGUAAUAGGAAUGGCGAAAUCUGAUGAGCCACCUCUCCGAUCCGCCACUUCCAGCUCCUGCGUUUCUUUAUGUUCUUUUUUUCCUGUUUUUAUUUCGGUCUAAACUUUAUUUACCUACUCAAUCCAGUCUCACAUCAACUACUCCCAAUAAUACAGUGAUGUUCUCUUCACCCGUUCUGAAUAGUUCUGAUCUAACUUGAAAUAAGUUCUGGUCUGAUUU